AUGCCUGCGAUACAAGCCCGAGCACCGGGCUUUUCGGAUUAUGUCGGCAGAAUCCCAGCAACAACCUGUAAAUGCUUAGAACAGAAAGCCAGGAAAGACGAAAAGGCAGUCGUCAAGGAGGAGCCGGCAAAGAAGGUGCCACUGUUACAGUUGGUGAAAGACGAAAAAGCAGUCGUCAAGGAGGAGCCGGCAAAGAAGGUGCCACUGUUACAGUUGUGGCGUUAUGCAACAUGGAGUGAAUUGGCAUUAUUGUUUGUUGGGAUCUUUGUUUCACUUGUAACUGGAGCUGGUUUACCGUUGAUGUCCAUCAUACAAGGACAAGUCACUCAAGCUUUCGUCAAAGAGGAAAUGUACAAGACACACACGCUUCCAGGACCAAUGCAUUACAAUGAUACGGACUUCACAAACGAUGUCAUGAAUGCCGUCUACGGUUAUACUGGGAUGGCCGUUGGAAUGUUUAUUGCUGCAAAUGUGCAGGUGACGUGUUUUUUGAUUGUUUGCGAGCAGAUGAGCAAUCGAAUUCGACGGAAAUUUGUGAAAGCCAUUUUACAUCAAGAUAUUUCGUGGUUCGACAAAAAUAACAGUGGAACACUGGCCACUAAACUAUUCGACAAUAUUGAACGCGUCAAGGAAGGGACUGGUGACAAAAUCGGGCUCAUCUUUCAGUACACUAGUCAAUUUGUAACAGGUUUUGUCAUCGCAUUUACACAUAGCUGGAAGUUAACAUUAGUCAUGUUGGCGGUGACGCCUCUUCAGGCAUUCUGUGGAUUCGCAAUUUCUAAGGCGAGUGUUCUAUCCAUUUGUUUCUUUAUUUAUUUACAUGCUCAUGUAAUUGAUGAAAAAUCAAUGUCGACCUUCACCAUAGCUGAGGCUAUUAAAUAUGCCAAAGCUGGAAGAAUGGUCGAACAAACUGUGUCAUCAAUUCGUACAGUGUGCUCUCUCAAUGGUCUUCGCUACGAAAUUGAAAGGUACAAGGUAGCUCUACUCGAAGCACGUCGUGCUGGCAUUCUGAAGAGUUUGUUCGUUGGCCUAUCCUUUGCAUUGAUGGGUCUGACCAAUUUCUCCUCAUUCGCUUUGGCAUUCUACAUUGGAAUCACAUGGACGGUUGAUGGACAAUUGGAGUUGAAGGAUCUAAUGACAACAUUCUUCUCUGUAAUGAUGGGCUCGUUGGCCCUGGGUCAAGCUGGACCACAGUUUGCCGUCCUUGGAGCUGCCCAAGGAGCUGCUGCCAGUAUCUAUGAAGUCUUAGACAGGGAACCUGAAAUCGAUUCUACUAGCCCAGAAGGUCGACGAGACGUUGAUAUCAAAGGGAAUAUUGUGGUGAAGAAUGUUGUCUUCAAUUAUCCCUCCAGACCCGAUGUACCAGUCCUGAAAAACCUUUCACUGACCGUGAACGCUGGUGAAACGGUAGCUCUAGUAGGAUCGAGCGGUUGUGGUAAAAGUACCAUAGUCAGUCUACUACUCCGUUACUACAACGUACUUGAAGGAGAGAUCAUAAUCGAUGGUGUUCCGAUUUCCGACAUCAACAUCCAAUAUUUACGUAAUCGAAUUGCUGUUGUUUCACAAGAACCUAUUCUGUUCAAUUGUACCAUCGAGGAAAAUAUUCGGAUGGGCCGUUCGGAUCUCACCUACCAGCAAGUUGUAGAUGCUUGUCGAAUGGCAAACGCCGAAACAUUCAUAAAUGGCCUACCUCAGGGCCUCCAGACUAAUGUUGGUGAUCGUGGAACCCAACUAUCAGGAGGACAGAAGCAACGAAUAGCGAUUGCACGAGCGCUCGUCCGUGAUCCCAAGAUUCUCCUACUUGACGAGGCAACAAGCGCCUUGGAUGCCGAAAGCGAAGCGGUUGUACAACGGGCUCUGGAAAAGGCAUCAAUCGGUCGCACAACGAUUAUCAUCGCUCACCGACUAUCGACAAUUAAGAACGCUCAUAAGAUCAUUGCAAUCAAAGUUGGUUUGAAACUUUUAGGCUUCCCAUCCCUCAAAAGCAUCCCUUCUAACGUUUGA